AUGAAGCUAGGCUAUUUGGUGGCCUCGCUCAACCUCGUCGACGCACAGAAAAGUCCGAUAGUUGGAGAAUGGGGAGAAUGGUCUCAGUGUGAUGCGCCCUGUGGAGUCGGUGAAAGACGACGUGAACGAAGAUGUCUUAUAACGAAUUUUCGGCGCUGCAAUAAGCAGCCCGGUGGGUUAGUUGAAGUAGAAGACUGUAAUACGGAGGAAUGCACAGGGGAUCCGUAUUGGUCAAAUUGGUCGGAAAAGAACAAGUGCUCUGAGACUUGCGGCGGUGGAACUCAGUCGCGCUUCAGAUAUUGCAUCGGCGGUGAAGCAGGCGAUGUUGGUUGCGAAGGAAUCUCAGAAGAGGUCACUCCUUGCGCGACAGAGCUUUGUCCAGGCGAUUUGUGCAAGGACUCGUUUUUCGAUGUGGCCAUCCUUAUUGAAGCGAAUACCGCAUCACUUUCAUACAAUCCCCAAAUCAAGUCAUUUUUGAAGAAUUUAAUCGGAAGUUACAAAGCGAUUUCUUCCAAUGACGCUAGACUUUGCUUGAUGAGGUUUUCUUCUUGGCCAGAGAUCUUGAACACCUUUGACGAAAUCGAAAGCUAUGGGGAUGCAGUGGAAAUUAUUGAUUCAAUACCUUUUUAUGGAAAAGACGCCGACUUGGCGGCUGCUCUUUUUGCACUCCAAGACGAGUGUUUCGAUCUUUCAACAGGAUGGCGAGGAACAGAAUUAAACAACAACGGAGUCGCCAGUCAGACCAUCAUCAUCACUUCAUCGAACAGCACAAUCAAUCAAAUUGACACCAUCAGAUUGAAGAAAAAGUCACAGCGUAUAUUUGCAAUUACUCUUGGAGAUUCGAGUAUAGAAAAUGUCGAGCUGCUCGUUUCCGAUCCUGUCGAGGAGAAUUACUUCGAAGGCGCUUUUUUAGACGACGUAUUGGCUGAAGCGAUCGUGCAACGUCAAUGCUCAAAUGAGCUCUUCCCAGAUCAAUGUUACAGUAAUUCCGGAAGAGGGUCAUGCGAUGGUGAGUGUUUCACGCAGUACAAUGGAGUGCGUUGCACCUGUCCCAAAGGCACGUUUUUACUCGAGGAUGGAGCCACUUGUGAAGACAUAGACGAGUGCGCCACGGGAACUCAUGACUGUCUUGAUCAUCAGACUUGUUCUAAUUCAUUCGGCGGCUUUCGAUGCGGCACAAUCAUGCACGACUGCCCUGCUGGCUUUCCUUGCUCACAUGGAUGCGGUGGCGGGGGUGGCAUUGGUGGAGCUCUCUCAAUAUUUGAAAUGGAAAUCGGUCAAAGUUCUCCCUGCACUUGUCCUUUUGGAAUGGUUCUUGGACCGGACAAUUUAACCUGCAUGGAUCAGAUUCCGAUCUUUCUCUUGGAUGAGUGCAAGAAUAAUAACGGAGGAUGUUCUCAUAUUUGCCGAGAUCUCGACGAUGGUUUUGUAUGCGAGUGUCCUGAAGAACUUGGACUAUCUGACGACGGCCUAACUUGCGUAUCUAUUUGCUAUACGUGUGAAAACGCAGCAGACCUAACAGAGUGUCAACAGACAGAAUUAUGUCCUUCUUCGACGACUCCAUGUGUAACGAAAAUAAGCAGCGGUGAAAAUGGAGCAAGCCUGAUCUCGAAGGGUUGCGAGAGCACUGAACGCUGCAUCAAAGAUGGAAGCGACAAGCCUGUUAAUUUUUGGACAUCUCCGAAAUGUGAAGGUGACACGUGCGACUGUUGCUGCUAUGAUAGCUUCUGCAACACCGGAGCCGACUGCGCUGCUGCUAGAUCACCUUUUUUAGCCUGCCCUGAACGACCUCAAUCGGAUCUCUUUGAUGUUUCAUGCACUGGAAGUUUUGUCGGAGAUGUGUGCUCAUAUAAAUGCGAAGAUGGACUCUCUCCAAACACGCCUGGGCUUCUCAGCUGCUCCAUUGAUGAGUCGACUGGUGAAGCAGUUUGGAUGGGAGAAGAACCAACUGCAUGUAAUGAUGUUAAUGAAUGUCUUGUCGGAAAUGGAAAGUGUCAGCAAAAAUGCGUGAAUAGACCAAGCGGCUUCAAAUGUGAAUGCUACGACGAUUACGAUCCGCAAAGAGACGCAAAGUACGACCUCGUAUUUAUUGUAGAUCGCAGUGACACAACGCCCGUGGAAUACCUCGACGCAUACAAAGAUUUCAUGAGAACGAUCGUGAUGGAUAGACCUGUUGGUAACGACUUCGUUCGCGUGGCUAUUUUAUCGUACGCUUCUGAUGUCAAAUUUGAAGCGACUUUGGAAGAAAAUAACUCACUAGAUGCGAUCUUGAACGUAAUAGACAGCCUGGAAAUCUCUGGAGUCGGUCGCAAAACUGCUAACGCAGUGGAAUUUCUUCUUGAUCAGGUAGACCGCCAAGGUCGUGAACAUAUUCCCAUGGUAUCAAUUUUACUGACAUCUGGCGUCUCGGAUGAGGAUCGUCUCAAAGUUAUCCUCGCUGGAUGGCGAGUUCAGGCGGCCACUUGGUGUAACGCAUAUUCUCUUGGCAUCGGGCCAUACAUUAGCGAGGAGGAGAUGUUCUUGCUCAGUGGGGACCUUCAGCAUUACCAAAUUAUAAGCUCUCCUGAUCUGCUAAGCGACGUUCCGAAUCUUCCACCUCUAGACGAGUAUCUCGAUAUAUUCUUUCCAGGGGACUACACUCUCCUUGCUGAUGGCAUCUCUUGUAACAUCGAUGAAUGUGCCUCUGGUCUCCACGGAUGCUCUUACCAAUGUCAAGACUUUCCUAAUGGAUACAGAUGCCUUUGCCCACCAGGUGCUAUUCUAGGCCAGGAUGGUAAAACCUGCGACGCUGAUUACUGUGUUACUGCUGGUUGCGAAUAUGGAUGCGUUUCUCGAAGUGGAACUUUCAAUUGCAUUUGUCCUCAAGGAAAACAGUUGAGUUACGACGGUAAAACGUGCGAAGACCUUGAUGAAUGCCGACAGUUCAACGGCGGAUGCUCGCACGGCUGUCAAAAUACUAAUCCGAGUUACAAAUGCACCUGCCCAGAAGGGAUGGUUAUUUCUCAAGACAUGAGGACAUGCAAGGUUAAUAUUUGCCUGCAAAAGAACUGCGAGCAAGGUUGUUCUCCUCAGGACGGUGAAUGCCGUUGUUAUCCAGGAUACUACUUGGCCAGCGAUGGGCGAACAUGCGAAAAAUUCAACCGGUGCCAUCUUGACAAUGGAGGCUGCGAGUUCAACUGCGUUGCUGAUGCCAAUUUCGAUUACCAUUGCGAGUGCCCUGAAGGACUGAACCUUCGGCCCGACAGAAAAACAUGCGGCGUGGCCUGCUACUCGUGCAGUUGGGCCGAGUCCGAAGACGAGUGCAAUCAGAACGGGCAAAUCACGUGUCCUGCUGGAGAUAAUGCUUGUCAAGUUGAGCUUCGUCGAAUAAAUGGCGUGCAGUACAUAAGCAAAGGAUGCAAACAGCCUGAAGCGUGUCUGUCAAAUUACGCGCAAAACUGGGCAGAGAGAGGCAACGGAAUCACCCAGUGCAAUCAACAGGAAGAUUCAACAUGCCAUUAUUGCUGUUUCUCGCAUUUGUGUAACGCAGGAUUCGACUUCUCAUUGGACAUGUAUUUCUUACCGAUGUGUCCGAUUAACUUUCCGUUAAUCGGCUUUGAAGUAUUUGGAGGAAACGAAAACGGUGUAAAGAUUGGUGGGAGCGUACGACAAGAUUGCCCAGAUGGAACAUUUUCAUCCAGCGGAUCACAAGCUAUGUGCAAUUGGGCUUUUGAUCAGAGCACAACUCAAGUAAGCGCUUUCUGGUCCUCAAAGGUUUCUAACGACGGUCAAUGCGAGGAUGUAGACGAAUGCGAAAAUAACCCAUGCUCUCAAAACUGCCUGAAUCUUUACGGAAACUAUCGGUGUUACUGCCAACGUGAUCGAGAGCAGAGCUGCUCCAAGAACAAUCUCGCUAUUUUGUUCGUCAUGCAAGGCACUUCUGACGGAUUUGGAUGUGGCGCUGAAAAUAAUCUUGGCUCAGCAGUUGACUUUGCUGCAUCUUACUUGAACGGACGAAAUUUGCCCGGCUCAUACACAAAAAGAAUAAUCAUUCUUCUUGAUGGAAAAUCCACAGAUGAAAUAAUUUCUGAUCGACUUAAAUCCGAAGCAGACUCGAUUUUUGUUAUUGGAACAUCAAAUAGCUCAAACAAGGAGCUCCAAUCGUUGACUGAAAACGUCGUCCUGAUGAAUGACUACAUAGAACUCAGCUCGAUCAUAUCAGAUGAGUUACUAGAGGGCGUUUGCGAUGGGUCGAGUUCAUACAAGUCCUACGGCAGCAUUUGCGAAAAGGAUGAGUGCGCUGAGAAUAAUGGUGGAUGUCAACAUCACUGCCACAAUACUCACGGGUCGUAUCACUGCUCCUGCACGAACGGGCGCGUUCUUGCCUCAGAUGGCAGAAAUUGUGUUGAAGACUACUGUCGAAAUAAUAACUGCAGCCAUCAGUGCGAAAACAAGGUUGAGGGCGCGCAGUGCAUUUGUCCGGAGUCGAUGAAGAUUGGGAAUGAUGGUCGAACAUGUGUCGAUAUUGAUGAAUGUGAAGUUAACAACGGCGGAUGUGAGUCUGUCUGCGUGAAUACUGACCCAUGGUAUCAGUGUGCUUGCCCAGGUGCUCUCCUUGCUCAAGACCAACGUUCAUGCGUUCCUGAUCCAUGCGAAGGUGUGACCUGCAACGUUCCGGACCAAAUUUGCUACGGAAACCAUGAUGGCACAUACCAAUGUCGCUGCGCUGAUGGAUACCGACAUAAUGCGUUCCUCGGAAUCUGUGAAGACAUAGACGAAUGCCUUUACGGAAACUAUUGCCAAUACGGUUGUGAGAACCUGGAAGGUGGCUACCGAUGUACGUGUCCUGAAGGCAAAGUCCUUCGCGAUGAUGGACGAACCUGUGGAAUCGUUUGUUACAGUUCAGGUUGCAUAAACGCAGCGACAAACGAAGAGUGCAACCGUCACAGUGAAGUGUGCACGCCUGAGGCAGAUUCUUGUCAAAAUGAAAUUCGCAUUCAUUCUGGCGUUAAACGAAUCACGAAGCGUUGCAAGCAAGGGCUUGCCUGUCAGAACAAUUACCGCCAAAAUCCGCCAAGCUAUCUUCUGGACUACUACACUCAGCCGCAGAAUCAACAUCAAUGCAAUGGCGGAACUGCUAAUAACGUAUGCCGAUGCUGUUGCCAAGGAAAUCACUGUAAUUGGGCAGAAAAACCAUGUACAGGAAGAUACGACUGUGGCGCGGCGGACUUCGACGAACUGGUUUUCCUCGUUGAUGGAUCUAAAAACAUAAAACUUCAUGCUUUUAACGAAAUUGCUGCUAGUAUCGCAUCCAUUAGCGAGCAUUUUGAAGAUUCGUCCGUGGAGAUUUCGACAGUGCUAUUCAGCGCAAAUGGAACAAAUUUGGUUGAAAAACUAACUGAAGAUGUUUUUAACGGAGAUCUGAACGGAUCGACUCAGAUGUCUGUUGACUUUAUCAAUAGCGAUCUUACCAGUAAUGCGAAAAUAGUCUUGAUAACGAAUUCUCCCGGAGAAGUUAUCAUUCCAGACGGCUUUUCCGCUCGUGAAAUUUAUGUAGUCGGCGUCGGCAACGUUGAGCAUGACACGCUUAGCUUGAUUGCCAGUGGCAACGUUGAUAACGUUUACCGACUGGGCACAGCUUCCGAACUCGACCAGAUCGUCAAUGAUUUGGAAUCAAAAGUGUGUCGCGCUCCCGAUUUCUGCGAGCUCGCGGAGUGCUCACAUACGUGUUACAGUGAUGCAGAGCGAGCCUACUGCACAUGCCCGGAUGAACUAAUUCUGGACACAGAUUUCAAGACUUGCGUCUCGUCAACAAUGUCGAUCGGAGCUAACUUGUGUUCGAUCAACAACGGCGGAUGUCAGCACAGGUGCAUUUUUGACGGACCCGGUCACCAUUGUGAAUGCGAGCCCGGCUAUCGACUGGAUGAUAAUUAUAGAGGUUGUCAUGAUGUCAACGAGUGCAUGAUCAAUAAUGGGGACUGCUCUGAUCGGUGUAUUAACACUCCAGGAGCACAUCAAUGUAUUUGCUCUAAUUGGGCAGAAGAAAAACUGUCAGGCACUGGUUACUCGAAAGGAACAUUCGACUUUUUCGACGCGAGGGAGUCAUGCAGCUCUGUGGGUGCGCAUUUGGCCAUUCUCAAGGAUCAAAAUCACCUUCGAGCUGUCGUCGAUCAUAUCAAGUCUUGGGAGGAAGAAAAUGAAAGUCUUGUCGGUGCCAAAUACUGGGUCGGUCUAUUCCGAAGUUCUGAUCGCAUUCCAUUUAUUCCGCCAGGUAACUGGACUUGGAUUACUGGGUUGAACGACGAAAGCUUCCAAAAUUUGCAGUUAGAUUUGGACGACGCUCUGAACAAUACAGAUGGAGAUUGGGCAAACGCAGUUUUCCAGAAUUUUAUCUGGGGUAGCGAAGAUCCCAUCAAAGUUCAGCUCGACUGUAUGGAGCAUAUUAAACACACAAAAGCGUACCGACCAACUUACACCGCAGAGGACAAUGUCUUGGCAGCUAGUAUUGAUCAAGUUUACGACAAGUUUGGCGGCAGGCGAAACUACAUUGAUGAUCGUUAUCCGUCACGCUCAAGACGUGAUUUAACAUAUGGUAAUCCAUGUGGAGCUCCACGAACUGCUUGCGGCUCGGCCUAUUCCUACAAUGGAAAGGCAACUCUCUCAGCCGAGCCUUGCUGGAAGCCACUGAACUACAUCUGCCAAAAGACUCUUUCUGAGUCCUUCCUUCAGUACCAAAAUGUCUGGGACAGCGGCGCAAUCGUCAAUCUUUACAUGAGCAGCGACAGCAAUCAAGUCACGCUCACCUUCCCUGUCCCAGUUAAACUUAAUGUAUGGCAUGGUUUUUCAUCUGAAUCUAAUUUCGCCACGACACAUGUAUUAACACAGCGAGUUAAUGGCAAUCACUACGAGAAGCAUUCCGGUAAAGGCAUAUUGUCGUUUGCGAUGGAGCUGGUCACUGACAGUAUCCUGAACUUGGCUGACAUCCUUAUCAAUUAA